ACUAAAGUGCUCAUUGUUUAGUCAGUUGCUACGGCCUUCAGUCACCCACCUGGAGUGGUCUGUGGUGACACACUAUACCCACGGGCUGGAACAGCCGAGCAAAUACUACUAAGGGUACGUUUUGAUUUGAGAACUUUGAAUUAGCGUUAAAUGGGUAGCUUCCCGAGAGAUUUUAAACCAGUGACAGAUACUUGAUCGUCUUUUGUGACCCCACGGCGGUAGUGAGGGGGCUGUGGGUGCGUCCUUACCCUCGCUAGGUAACGAUGGAGGGGGACAUAGACUGCCGUGCCGUGGACGUGAGGAUAUCUCCUGUGAAGGCCCUUACACUGAGACGAGUUAUGCAUGUAUCUUGUGAGUGAGGGUAACUAUGAAGGACAAUUGAAGAUAGGACAGAUGUAUCAUGGUUCCGAACCGUACACCGUCCUCAUUGACUGAGAUAUAUAUUAUGUGUGGUGCCGCAGAGGAGGGACAGUUUAACAACGAGGGUGGAUGAUAAGCGUGUGUUAUCCUGCUGGACCACGAGGCAAUACGGAGGUCAGAGAUGUCCGGCUUAAGGAAAUGCGUAAAAGGUAAUGAAUGUAUGUUUCAGCAUGGCUGAACCUCGUCUUAGCGGAUCACGAACCACGGAGGUGGUGUCCCAUUCUUCAAACUUCGCAAACGGUGUCAAAGGCAAAAACAUGGCUGCAUCUGAAGUAGAGAAGCCACUUCCGGUGGUAGAACUAAAACCGUUUACUACACAGGUAUGGAGAAGAGAAAAGAGUCUACCCGAGUUCUAUGACAAGCCCCUAAGUGCAGGAGGAGAAAAUAAUAUUGAACGACGGAUCCUGUUUGAAAAUGGGCUUGGGGAAGAGCUCGCCAAGAGUGAAAAUAACGCUGCGCUUGUUGCUAAGUAUUUAUUCGGCGGAGAGAGGGGUUUCUCAAGUGAAUCAAGACUGUCGGAUUUAAAUGUCCCGAGAUAUAAAAUCAAACUGCACCCAAGUAUAGAUUUCAGCUACAACUGUCGUCCCCAAAGACUGAACGCUCUCAUUCCGGAAUUCAUACCUCGUGUUGAAAGGACAAAGACCACGCUCCAGGACGCCACAAGUGAUGACAAUCCCAACAGACAAUACAGCCUUGCCAAGCAGGCAGUGACGGACGUUAUGACAGCAAGACACCAGGAUAUGAAAAUACACGGAGGUAAAGUACAACGGACACCCGGUGUCCAGCGUACUCAGCUCACAUACCUCAACCCUAUAGACGAAUACAGCCAGCCAGGACAGUGGAAGCGAACUGGCAAACGGCUUCCUGAGAAACAUUACCGGGCACCUCAUACAGGUAAAGGGUCAGUUGUUGAUGGGCAUGAGUCAAGAAACAGUCAGAGCAAAUCAUCGGUGGUCAGCAGUGAUGUAUCAUCCGUGUCCAGUACUGGUAGUCGUGCUCUAGUACGUUCUCCGAUGAAGCCGAUUAAUCAUAGAUUGAGUCAACCAUUCAGUAUGAAGCAAAGCGUUAGUGUGGAUAUAGGGGGCAUCCAGACUAAGAACGCUCUACAGAUCCUAAGUGAAAAUGGACCUCCAACGAAACUUGAAAAACAACUAACAUUUGAGAUGGAGGUCAAUAUGGAGAUGUGUCGCCGCCAUCUGGAUUUUAUAUCUUCCGAAGGGCCAUAUUUUCCACAAUCUAACAUCCCUAAUAUGUUUCAUGAUCUCAACCGACCUUUAACUCUGACUAAAGGGGAGGAGAUGUUGAGGAAGGGUCGAGACCUUAACAAGCGGAAAAAGCAAAGUUGGAGACAGUCACGUGGCAGGAAAGUCCUUCCUGUGGCCUUUGACCGAAACUUACGUCAAGUCGAGGCUGUUCAAAUUGAUUCGGGGAUACAGAGCCCAAGGACGGGUGUACUAGAAUCUGCUUUUCAUAAUGGAUUAUUCGACAGGGUGGAUGAAUCUUCAACCAAAUACAUGGCAUAUGCAAACAACAGCUUUCCUUUCUCAAGAGGGAGUCCUUUGAAAGCGAUCUCUUCAAAGGGAGAUAACUCGCCUACAACGGAUGCCGGAAACAGUUUACCACGUAAUAUGGAAAGUGACAUGCGAUUGGAGGAAGUGAAGGAUUCUAAUCAGAACAGUUCCAGGAACUCUUCUUAUACAUCCGGGAUUAGUCCUAGUUUUGACACGUACAUAACCGAACCGAGCCCAAAUAUUGGUAGUCGCGUGAUGUCGUUAGAUUCACGGGUACUUUCAAACAGAACAAUGGAAGUACAAGGGGCGCAUUUUACAAAAGCGCAUUUCAAACCAUGCACCAACGUCAAGUUGAAAGAUGGCGGCAGAGAAUCUGACAUCGACACUCUCCGAGCUGUCACGUGAUCACUGGUCCGUAUUGAACAGUUCUGUUUUGUUUUAAUUUAUCAAGCAAUGUGUGAUAUAAUGUACAUAUGUUUGUCUUACCACAGAAAAUGGAUAAAUAAUCGUUUUGCUGUGACGUUGUGCUACUGUAUAGAUGAAAUGAGUGCACCAGUACCGAAACCACAUUAGCACACCUGACCCGAGUGAGUGUAGAAGCUUGUCCUGUCUGAUAUUCCAGUUGUAGACGUUGCAAUGUAAACCAGUGUUUCAUAUCACUGUGUGAGACAUAUAUUGAUAAUCAUUUUAUACACAGUUUCCUACUUUAAAUCGUAUUUAUGACAUUCAAUUCUCAAUAUGACAAUAUUUAUCUUGCUGUUUUGAUUGUCAAAUCAUGUUAAACGAGGCAACACUUCUUUUUCAUAGACAGAUAAAAUGUUGGAACGGGUAUUUGCCGAGAUAGGAGUUUGAUGUAAUAUAUGUAAUAAUGAUUAAUAAUAUUUGUACUUUUGUGUUUAAACAAUCUGAAAAUGUGCAUACCUAACCUUGCAUCUGAACAUUAACAGGGAUAAUAAUUCUAAUGGCGACUGUCUGACCAUAGUGGACAGCACAGUGACAAGUGUAAAUGGUAUUAAAGGUGAAAAAAGGUUCUCCAACUGAGCACAUACCCUGAGAAAGAAUCAUUAUGGCCACUAUGGUAAUUGAUAGUCAAACAUAAGGGCUGACUUUUACUCAGGUAUCUUCCUCUCAACGUAGACAUCUGUUCAGGGCAGAGGUAGUGUAGCCUGGAGUCAAGAAGAGUAUUCAAUAUUACAAUAUCAUUGUCAGUGUUCCCGCUGAACCUUCAGUGUCGUUGACAAUACAACUGCCUCCAUAGUAGCUGAAAUACGUAUAAUCUCUGGGGCUGUUUACGAGUCAGGUAAAUCGAUAUGUCAGUGUUAUAACAGAAGACGUCCAUGAAUACCUGCACCUCUGUUUACCUGGGAUUUAGAGUGUCUGUCCUUGUAGGCCAAUCAUUCUGAUGUUGUUAUGUUGAUAAAAACAGCACACAGGGCGAUUCAUUAAAAUGGUUGAUUUAUGGUUCUGGGCCGAAUAUUACACUAAGCAAUGGUAAGAAAGUACUAUUAUUAUUCCUUUGCCAGGCCUUUUAUCUAUGAUUUAUUAUAAGAAAAAAUGAAAAAAGACAAUCUAAAGAGACCAAUCCUUAACAGGUAACCAUCCAAAAUAUGUUUGGCCAGAUAUUCUUUAUAUGUACAAGUGGUCUCUGGGCACUGCAAAGCCCUUCACAGAGAAACCUAAAAGCUUCUAUGACUGAAAUAGAUAUAUCCAAAUGUUACUGUAAGUAUGCAACAGAAACAAAUCGUUAUAAAACAUGUUAUUCUUUCAUACAACUAUAGUUAAUAUGUCAUGUCAGAACCAUAGAACUUGGUUUUCCUAUAUUUGAGUAGCAUAUAUUUCAGACUCUACCCAAAAGGGCGUUAUCUUAUAUGUUUUUGCACUUAAUUGUCCAGCUUCAAAUUUGUGAAUUUAAAUCCGGUUUUGUGAACAAUAGUGUCCUUUUUCAUAAUUCAAAUGGCAAUUGUUGACUUUGCAUACAUCGACCACAUUAUAUUGUUCAAUGCCGUUCGGAAUCUCAGGUUGUUCCUGGAAAGAUGUACAUAUACUGAUGGAAACAAAUAACGGAACAUACAUCGGUGUAGGCCUUUUUGUGCCCCUGAUUGAUUGAUCUUAUCCUUUUUUCUUUUCCUAUUUACACGAAUGACGUCAUUCAUCUGUUAUUUUUUUCUGUGUUCUCUUAUCGAUUUCAUCAGUAUACACAUAAAUACUUAUGACUAAUUUAAUCAGUACUAAAAUGUUCAAGGAUGUCUAUAUUUCUCCCUUUAAAUAUAACACAAUUGAGAAUUAUAUCAUUCGUGCGCCAAUCUCAUGUCGAAAGCAUGAGACAUGUCUGUUAAAUAGGCCUAAUUAUUUACAAUCACCCAGUGAUACUUAUUCACCAGGGAUGAAAAAUACUCUCUUUAAACUGACUAAUUACAACUGAACUACAUGAAAUAUCAAAUCCGUUUCACAGCUUAUUACACCCACUGACCCAAUCCCCUUAAGCUCCAGUACAUUGCUAAUACCAUAAUAAUAGGGAAUUAUGUAACCGAUACAGUGCAUGGAGUUUAUGCCCAAUUCAGGUGUCAUGGCGGAGGAUAAAACCAAUUGAGCAAGAAAUAUACUGUGGGUUUUGCACCACGCUGAAGUGAUCCGCCACACAGAUUUAGGCAGCUGAUAUCUGGUUACGUCCAUGUGUGCAUGUCAUUGUGCGUGGAGACCGACAUAUCACCAAGGAAUCUGUACGGUUCAGUGGAGACGAUAGACGGUCUCUAUGGAAUGCUGCGUUAAAGGGCGAGUAUCACACAGUUCAGGGGUACACUGAAGUAUAGUCCCUGAAACAACGUUAUGUAUAAGGUUGAAUAAAAGUAAUUCUUUGAAGGAACCAUUGGCUAUUUAGGUAUGAUAACGUCUCUAAAUACCUAGGGUGAAAAGAUGAAGUGUGUGAACUGCUAGAGCUGAGAAGGGUAAGAGUACAGGCAGCUAGAGCUGAGAAUGGGAAGAGCACAGGCUAUCAUAGUUAAGAAUGGCAACAGCAUGGGCUAUUAGAGCUGAGAAUGGGAAGAGCACAGGCUGCUAGAGCUGAGAGUGAAAUGGAAAUGUAGGAAAGAGAGGCUGUAUUUUUUUAACUUUUUAUAGUAUUAUGUUAUUUCAUAAAAGAAUGAUUAAACAAGUAUACUGGACAUUUAAAGUCCCAAACACAAACUGUGAUACCCGUAUACAUGAUAGGCGGAUCCAGAGGGGGGUGCAGGGGUGCGCACCUCCCCUUUUGUGCUGAAAGUUUGUUAAAUUACCAUUGAAACUCGGGUGAAAAUGAAGUGUGCACCCCUCCUUUUCUCAAUAAUGUGCACCCCCCCUUUCUCAAAAAGCUGUAUCCGCCCCUGUACAUGAUCAUAUUAUUUGUAACCACAACCAAACAGUGUAUACUACCAUCUUUGGCCUGGCAGUUUAUUAGUGUAUGUGUGGUAACAGUAAACAAAAAUAUUCCAAUGAUCAGGAUAUAUGUACGUUUAUUUGCAAUUACACCUCGUUAAUGCAGCUCUUGUUACUCAGAAAGCUCCACCGACUGAACAUGGCCUGUUCUUCUUCCUUAUCUUAAUCUUCUGCUUGUUAUUACUAUUAAUCUAAAGCACUACAUCCUGAUUACCUAUAUAUAUUGUGUAAACACGUGCAUGAUAGAGCACUUCAUGUCAACUACAGCAAAGUGCCAAAUAAAAUAUCUCGCAUUC